AUGUCGUACGCGCAAAUUCUACGGUCCAGUCGCCAACCAGGUGGUUACGAAGCACGAUUCGCAAGCUUGAUGCCUCCAGAGGAAGAGCAAAAACCAACAAGAACGACAUCGUCCCGCCUCAAAGAAACCCCUGAUUUAACAUCCCGUACCAAGGAUGAAAAAGGUACCAUCAGUUGUGGUCAAAGCCCACGGACAAGAGGAAUGGUGGCUGAAUUGAAGUCCACAACAGCACAGCUCUCUUCGCGGUCAACCCAGCAAAACCAAGACCUUCUUCUUGGUCUGGCCGAUCCCUGCUCCGGUACCUUGCUGGAGUCGGAGCCUGUUUUCCAGAAUGACUUCGCCGACGUAUUGACCGAAAACGCGACAUUACUGAGCGAAACCACAGCUCUCAAAGACAGGAUCCAGGAACUAGAGGAAACACUGGAGAGCAUGAAAGCUCGUCUAGAUGAACUGUGCAAGGAAAAGCGGGUUUCUACCAUUCAGGACAAUCCAGCGCGCAAGAAACGGGCAAUGCCUCAGUGA